ACUGCCGCCGCCGCUGUGCCCGCGCCCCGGAGAUGUCCUUCCCCCAGCUGGGCUACCCGCAGUAUCUCAGCGCCAGUCAGGCGGUGUACGGGAGCGACCGGCCCGGGGUGCUGGCCGCCGCCGCCGCUGCAGCCGCCGCCGCCGCCGCCGCCUCGGGCCGGCCCGCGGGCGCCGAGCUGGGCAGCGGCUCGGCCGCUGUCACCUCGGUGCUGGGCAUGUACGCCAGCCCCUACAGCGCCCCCAACUACAGCGCCUUCCUGCCCUACACCGCCGACCUCGGGCUCUUCUCCCAGAUGGGCUCCCAGUACGAGUUGAAAGAUAAUCCGGGUGUCCACCCUGCUACCUUCGCUGCCCACACUGCCCCCGGCUAUUAUCCCUAUGGACAGUUCCAGUACGGGGACCCGGGGCGGCCCAAAAACGCUACCCGGGAGAGCACCAGCACCCUCAAGGCCUGGCUCAACGAGCACCGCAAGAACCCCUACCCUACCAAGGGUGAAAAGAUCAUGUUGGCGAUUAUCACCAAGAUGACCCUCACCCAGGUCUCCACUUGGUUCGCCAAUGCCCGCCGGCGGCUCAAGAAGGAGAACAAGGUGACCUGGGGCUCCAGGAGUAAGGACCAAGAAGAUGCAAACCUCUUCGGGAGUGACAAUGAGGGGGACCCCGAGAAGAACGAAGACGAUGAGGAAAUCGACCUGGAGAGCAUAGACAUAGAUAAAAUUGAUGAGAACGAUGGGGAGCAGAGCAACGAGGAAGAGGAGGAGAAGCCUGAGCUCCUGCGACAAAGCAGUGAAGAGGAGCACUUGGAAAAGGAGAAGGAUUUGGCACUGUCAGGCGCUGAAGGGCUGAAACCCAAAGACACGCUGGCCAUGGUGAAGGAGGCCUCUGACAACAGCACACGAAUCAUCAGUCCCGGGGGACAGAACAAUUUACAGAUGCCAUCUCACAGCAAACCCAAGAUUUGGUCUUUGGCAGAGACAGCAACCAGCCCUGAUGGUGCUCUGAAAUCUUCUCCCCCUCCGCCCCCUCCUCCCCAGGUUAACCACACUUCUCCACAGAUCCAGCACCCAGCUUUUCUCCCUAGCCAUGGACUCUACACGUGCCAAAUUGGCAAAUUUCACAACUGGACAAAUGGGGCUUUCCUCACUCAGAGUUCCCUGCUAAAUGUGAGGUCUUUUUUGGGAGUAAAUCACCACCAUGCUGCUCAUCACAAUCACCACCUCCAGGCCCAGCAACAAUCUUCUGUUUUAACAACAACCCUGGGAGCCCUAAGCAGUGAAAAACCUUCAGAGAGGACCAGUCCCAAACACAUAGAAAGAGAAAAUGUACCAAGAACUGAAUCCCCACCUCAGCCGCUAAAAUCGCCCUUCCAGCCUGUCCGUGACAACUCUUUGGCUCAGCAAGAGGGAACACCGAGAAUUUUAGCAGCUCUCCCUUCCGCUUGAUUACAUGGUUUGGUGAAAAAAUAUUGCAGAGACUGGUAUUAAGGACAGAAAAAAAAACAAAAAACCAA